ACGUCAGGCCACCACGCGUUAGAGCAGUACUUGACGGCGAAGUCAACAGCCCGAGAACGUUCCUUUAUUCCGGGAAACCCUUGAUUUCUCUUCGACGCAAUUGAGAAAUUGGCUUGCCCCUUCAGCCAUCUCAGUUUCUCACCUUGUUUUCCUUGUUUUGGAUCAGCAAUUUUGGGACGACAAUCCACGGAAAGGAUUUACAAUACGUACCAGGAAGGUAACCAGAACUCCGCGCACCACCCGAGACACCAGUUGGUUCGUCCGAUGAUCGUUCCACCUCCCGGCAAACCUCAGCAAACGUCGGACGAGUCCCUCCAGGAACCGCCCACGCUUAUUGGUCACGCCCGUGUAAGCUGCGGCCAUGGAGCUGUGUGGUACGGAGUAUGGGACGCUUUUACGCCAAUUCGACAUGAUACAUGGACAAUUGCCUUCCUGCGCCGUCCUGGCGGCCGCUGAAUUGUUCGGGUUGUGCGGAGGGUUGAGGCAUUGGAGACGGCGACGAACUCUUUCCGGGUCUGGGUUGGGUCUUCUGUCGUAUGGCUUGAUGAGUGGUCGCUCGGCGGGGGUCUCUGGACAAGGGAAAGGAAGAGGAUGGCGGAAAUUCUCGGUUGGGGUGAUGGUCAUAGUCUUGUAUAAGACUGUGACAGUGCCCCAACUUGGUCGUGUUAUCCUCCUGUGUCAUCAGCCUCACCUUCACCAGCUAAGAAAUCAGACACCAAACGUCAGUACUAGCCGGCAACACCUGCUCUUCGCUGUAAUAAUAACACAAACAAAACUCAACUCAAUUUCAGCCGCCUCCUACACUCCUCGAGUGGCAGAGCCUCAACUCAGCCUUUAUCAUCUUCACCACCAGCCCUCAGACGAACCGCAACAACAAACUACAUCAUCCUGCCUUUCCUGAUACCUGAGGAGUCAACAAACCAAAAAGAAAUGUCCUUCCUCACAAC